CUGGCCCUGAGCGGAGCCCGGGGUUACUCCAGGGACAGCGAGGGCAGCUGGUUCCGCUCACUCUUUGUCCACAAAGUGGAUCCCCGAACGGAUGCUCAUUCCACACUCUUGUCGAAGAAAGAAACCAGCAACCUGUACAAGAUCCAGUUUCACAAUGUGAAGCCCGAAUGCCUGGAUGCUUACAACAGCCUGACGGAGGAGGUGCUGCCCAAGCUGCACUCAGACACCGAUUACCCUUGCGACCUGGUUGGGAACUGGAACACGUGGUAUGGAGAGCAGGACCAGGCAGUGCACCUGUGGCGUUUCUCCGGCGGGUACCCGGCACUCAUGGACUGUAUGAACAAACUGAAACAGAACAAGGAGUACCUGGAGUUCCGCAAGGAGAGGAGUACGAUGCUGCUGUCUCGCAGGAACCAGUUACUCCUGGAAUUCAGUUUCUGGAAUGAGCCUUUGCCCCGGGUCGGGCCCAACCUCUACGAGCUGAGAACUUACAAGCUAAAGCCAGGGACCAUGAUCGAGUGGGGGAAUAACUGGGCUCGAGCCAUUGAAUACCGUCAGAAAAACCAGGAAGCAGUGGGUGGGUUCUUCUCCCAGAUUGGAGAGCUCUACGUCGUUCAUCACCUCUGGGCCUACAAGGACCUACAGUCCCGAGAGGAGACAAGGAAUGCUGCCUGGAGGAAGCGAGGCUGGGAUGAGAAUGUGUACUAUACAGUCCCUCUGGUUCGGAACAUGGAGUCUCGGAUCAUGAUCCCCCUGAAGAUCUCUCCCCUCCAGUGAGACCCCUCCAGCGCAGGAGUCGGCGGACAGACAGGAGUGAGACUCACUGGGGUGUCUCUGCAUUUCCCCCGGAGGAGUCUGUCCCCUUUUCUGUCUCUCUCACUCUCUCAGUUCGAGGCCAUGCUCCUAGCCCAGGUGCUUCCCUAUUCCCAGGCUGCUCGGCUCUGUCGGGAGCACCGGUGGAAGAUGGAUGAAGUAGGCUGAACCAGCACAAGGCUGCACAUGGUUUCCUAUCUCUGGGUCCCCAGCUCUGUAUGAAUGAGCCAUGGACACUGAACUCCUCUUUGCCCUAACGCUGUUCUGGGGAGGCUGCUGGGGACUGAAAGACAUGACCAUAGAGCACAGCAUAGCUGAGCUAUGCCCCUGUGGUGAGCUUAGUACAGACACCGAGCUAGCUAGACCAGUGCUCGCUGCUCUCUGGGUGCCGAGACAAUGUUCAGGCAUCUGAAGUUUUAAGCCCCACUCCCCUGCAAGCCGUUCCUCCCAGCACUGGGGAGUGACUGCUGCUGCUCUCCUUUCCAGCAUGCCAGUGGGAGGGACCCUUCAUCAUGCCUGGUUGUGUCUGUUACCAUGAACGUUAGCCCAUGGCUAGCCUGGUGUAGGGGAGAACUCCACCUUCCUCGCCUGGGUUGGAGUUCCAGUUCCUGGCUAUGGUGUCCUGUUCCCAGUGAAUCUUGGCGCUGCCUGUAUCCUUGGGAACAGGAAGUCCUCGUCCCUGCUGAUGGAACCAGACUGUACCACCCCACCAGACUCCCUUUGUAGGGAGGUGUAUGCUGGAAAGUGGAUGUGGAGCCCAGCAUGUCCUUUCAUGUAAUGGCUCCCAGAUCCAGUUAACUGACCUUACAAGUCCAAAGGCUUUUAUCUGCCCACUCCUGACCUGACACUAUGGCACUGGGUGCUGGGAAGGUCUGAUAUACAGGGUGGUGUAUCCUGGUGGCUUUGGUGGGAGCGGAGGGCAUACAACAGCAGGCAGGAUUGAGCCCUUGGUUCACAAGCUGCAAAUGAAGCAGAGUCCUUCUCCCCCUUCCAUUAUCCCUGUGAAUAAUGAGAGUUUAGCUAACACUAGAAGCCACCUUCCAGAGCUGCGUUGGCUCAGCUGGCGUGAAAAGUACAAGCUGGGCUGUGUCAACAGAUCUGCAUCUUGUCUGCUCUGGCAAAAAUAGUACAUGCAGCAGCGGUAGCAGUAGCUGUGUAGCCAGGACUUCUGCUGCCCCGGGGUCUAGUGCUGUUCAGAUUGAGCCUAAGAGCCAUGAGCUCUUUCCAUGCUGCAGCUUCUGUGAAUAGAGGGUCCAUUUGUCCCAGCAUGUACCCAGCCCCAAGGAGCAGAUACAUGAAGUGAGGUGCCAGUUUUAAUCACUUUUCUUACACCUUAAGGCCCAAUCUUGCAAUCCAAUCCAUGCACCAAUGCAGAAUGCCCUUGACUUCAAUGGGUCUCCCUGCUAAAUGCAAUUUGAUUGGAGGAUUGGGCCCAUCGGGUUUACAGAGGAGCCAUGUCUCUCUCUUGAAGACUUCGUUCCUUCCUUGUGUGUGCAGCCCUCAGUCACAGGGCUGUUUGUACCUAUCCCCAGCAUGGAGGAGAGAGAGAGGAGAGGUGGUCAUCAAUCUACACGGGCCUUUCUGACAGAGGUCAAUUCCUCUUGUGCAUUAUUUAUCUUAAUUAUGACUAAUGGCUAUGUGGCAGGCAACAAAAAAGAUCUCUUUUGUGUGUGAAGCAUUUUCCUUGCGGGAGCUUGUGUGUGUCUGAUUGCAAAUGUAACUAAAUAUUUCAUAUGCUAGCCUUGGUCUCUCUCAUUGUGUGGAAUGCAAUGCAACCUGAUGUGGGAUGGGAUCUUUGAGCAGGCGUCUUUUCCAACUUGCUCUACAGCAGGCUGUAAAGUCCCAACUUGCCCCCUCCUGGGGGGUUGCUGAUUUUUGUUAGUAAAGCCAUAAUAUCUGCUCAGAUUUUCUUCCUAGACUUGUCUGUUCCUAGGGUUCUUCUCUCAGGACUGCCUAGGUCCUUUGUCCCCAAGAGAGCCACUCCCACCUCUCUCAUGUCCAAGCGGGGCAAUGAGCCACCUGCCUUGGAGAGUCAACAGAAACCACUUAAUUUUUUCUCAGCAGAAUGAGCCCCGCUGGUUUGUUCAAGGUACAAACUGUCCCAAAGCAUGCCCAGAACCAUGUAAGGUAGUGAUGAGUACCUGGUGCACUGCUGUAUAGUCAUUGUAUGGAUACUCUACAGCUUUCAGGCAUAAGGCCAUUUAAACAAAGGAUUGAGAUGCACAAGGAAGAGAAGAUCAGUAGACAUGAGAAGGCAGAAUGACAGAGAGAGACUUUUUAGAUAGCAGCAGCUGUGAAGGGGUUUUGUACCAUCUGUGGUGAGGUUACAGGAGACGAGACGAUGGAAAAGCCACCAAGUACCCCUGUCCUAAUAAGAUGGCUAGUGCUGCCUCAGCGACCUUUGGGUGCUGAGCAGAGGUUGGCACUACGUAGAGAAAGGAUCUCGGCAGAGCUCUGCUUUGAGAGUUAUGUUCUCAUAAGGUCAGAGUCAAUCAGCCCCUUUAUGUGAGGCUGUAGAGAAAUCCACUGAAGUUCAAAGACAGAGCUAAAUGUGCAGGAGUAUGACAGGUAUAUGGGAUGUCAUAUCAAUGCUAAUGUGUAGGGUGACCAUCUGCAUAUCCAGUACAUGCUGCUUCAUGUUCCUUGUGCAACUCUCCUCUUCCAUCCAAGGCUCUCAAAGAGUCUUACUGAUGUUGAUGAAUGAAGCCUUGCAGCCGUAGGAGGCAUUAGCCCAUUUUACUGAGAGGGAAGCCAAGGCACAGAGAGGGGAAAUGUUGUGCAGUGUGUCAGCAGCAGAGUCAAGAAUAGAAGCCAGAUCCUGUGCUUCCCUGCCCUAUGCUUUAGCCAGGUCACUGGCCUCCUGCCCUGGUGAUCCUUCCUCUCCUUAACCAACCUAAGGCCCCAUUUGUCUCAUCAAAACCUAUUCUGCUAGGGGACUUCUUUACAAGCCAGUAGCCCCAUGCCAUGAUUAGUGUUGUGGAGAAGCCAAGACAGCAGCAUGCUUUAGCUGUGGCAAUGGAAAUGAGGUUAGAAACCACUGUCGUCCUGUCUAUGCUGUGAGUGAGCUGGGUUAGAACUGCCCUGGGGAUCAGAGAAGAAUCAUAGAAAUUAGGAUUGGAAGAGACCUCAGAAGGUCAUCUAGUCCAACCACCUGCUCAAAGCAGGACC